AUGGCCGCUUCACAGCCUCGACGCCUAGACGCUUCGGCAAAGCCGUACGUAUGGAAGGGGGGCGUCGCCCCGCCGCCGGCCACGCCGCAGCUCUACAUGGGGCCCCCUGCGGCGGCCCUGCCGCCGGCGGGCUUCUACUACCCGCGGCCGGUCCUUGUCGCGCCUCCGGCGCCGGUGUUCCCUCCAGGCGCCUCCCCGGGCUGCUGGGUGUUCCCGCAGGGCCCCUGCGUGGGGGUGCCGGGAGCGUUCCCAUCCCCUGGCUGGGCGCCGCUCGCGAUGGGUGUGCCCGCGGCGCCGACGGGGAUGCAGGGUGCCCCGCAGCCACAGCUGCCUGCCGCGACGGCGACCCGGCGGGGCGGCCGUGACCGACCGUCACGCGGCGUGCGCGCUGGGCAUGCUCCCCGAGCGAGGCCGCUGCCGCGGCUCGACGUGCCGCCUCGGAUGAUGCAGCGUGCGGCAGGUCGGGCGGCACCCCCGUCCUUCCGCAGCGCCAAGGUGGAGCCGGGGAACGACCACCCUUCUCCUCGCUCCGUGCUCGUCCAAACGAGCCCGCCCGACACGCCGCCGGCGCUCCCUACUUGCUUCCCGUACCCGGAGGUGGGAUCCGCUGCGCCGCGGGCGUCUGAGGGAUCGCCUUCCUCCGUCCCGGUGCCCGCCGCCGGAAGCCAGCCCGACAUCCCGCCGCGGAGGCGGCGGCUCGAACGCGCGCCGCGUCGUUUCCGUCAGGCAGCCGGGGUCACCGUGCGCCGCAGCGACCCCAAGCCACGCCGCCUUUUCGACCCUUCUUGUAGCAGCACCACGUUAAUGAUUCGUAAUAUUCCCAAUGAUUUCCGGCGGACGAGGCUGAUGCAGAUCAUUGAUCAGCACUGUUCGAUUGAGAACGACAAGAUCACAUCUGGCGGCGUCAAGUCUGAAUACGACUUCCUCUACCUUCCUAUUGACUUCCGCACCGGUGCAAACAAGGGCUAUGCCUUCGUUAACCUGACGACGCCGGAGGCGGCGCGGCGGCUCCACGACCACCUGAAUGGGCACCGCUGGAAGGUGAACGGUUCGGGGAAGACCUGCGAGAUCGACCAUGCCGACAUCGAGGGAUUGGAGAAGCUGGUGAAGCACUUCUGGGAGUCGCGCUUCGAUUGCGGCGACGAGGAGUUCCUCCCCGUCUGGUUCGAGCCGGCCCGCGACGGCACCCGGACGACCUUGCCGCAUCUCGUCGGCCGCAUGCUACGCCGCUCGUGA